ACAAUAUGCAAGUUUUGAAAAGAGAAAAAAUGGCAAGGCCAACAAGAUGGAGUCCAACACCAGAACAACUUAUGUUCUUAGAAGAAAUGUAUAGAAAAGGCUUAAGAAAUCCAAAUGCUACACAAAUACAAAGUAUUACUUGUCAUUUGUCUUCAUUUGGGAAAAUUGAAGGGAAAAAUGUGUUUUAUUGGUUUCAAAACCAUAAAGCUAGGGAUAGACAAAAACUUAAGAAAAAACUUCUUGCACAAAUGAAUCAACAACAAAUAUUAGUUCAAUAUCCUAUUGAUGCUCAUAGUACAACUACUACUAGCAACUCCAAUAAUAAUAAUACCCUCUUUCAUUGUCCUUCUACUGAUCACUACCAAAUAUGUCCUGGUGGCCUUCUUCAAGAGGGUGGAAUCAAAGAAGCAUCAUCUCAAGUAAUGACUUAUGUAUAUCCAAUGGAUCUCUCAAGAUCAACUGAUCAAAAUGUGGAAAAUUGCAUGAUAAGACCCUAUGGGAAAGAUUGGAUCGUGAUGAUGAACAUUACUCCGAAUAAUUUACCAUAUUGUGUCGAUCGACCCCUCAAAACCCUACCACUUUUUCCCAUAACAACAACCGAUGACCUCAAAGACCAAACAACAUCUUCCACAAGUUUAAGUCUCUGA